UAAACACACACAGAUCCUAAAACUGAAACCAUUCUCUGAAAAAAAAGGAUCAAGAGUGAAAGAGAAAGAACGAUGAUGAGACCUGGUUCUCAGAAAUGGGGCUACAUUCGGAUCAUCACUGGUACAAUCGUCGGAGGCAUCCUCGGAUUCUACGUUAUGCACCGCGUUGAAACUAACUACAAGGAGAAAAUGAAUGAAAGGCUAAGAAUUUAUGAGGCUGAAUUGAAGAGGAAGAAGGAGGAGAGAUUGAAUGAGUUUGAGGAACCCACCAAGUUUUGAAUCUUGUUUUUAACUUUUUGGUGUAGUCUUUUUCUUUCUACGUUUGGUUUAUGUAAAAAAUUGGAGAAAGUUGUUUCUAGUGUCAUUGGCUGUGGCUUUUACAUGGUUUGUACAAUAGAAGGUUUUCCCUUUAACAAAGUGUAGUUUAGUGCAUUGUAGAGGAAUAUGCUAAUAAAUGACUGUCAUGGUGAUUAAAUGGGUUCUGAUCAAUGAAUUUUGUUGGAAUUUGUUCAA